UUUUGAUGAGGCCAGAUAUUCGUUUCAAUUUAAGUAUAUUUCGAUAUCGAAAAUGGAUUGGAUAUUCCAUGCUUCGAUAUUCAGUCUUCUGAUAGUUCACGGAUACAGCCAGGUUAACAAUAUUCCAGCGCCAAAAAACAUAAAAAUUACUGAAGAUUCUGUUACUGACACUGGAUUCUGGGUAACAUGGGAGCCCGUCUCAAAAGCCGAUUCAUACAGGGUUAUCCUUUCUCCACCAAAAAUUGGAGCGGUUGGUGUGGGCAAUGGAAUUACUGACAAAUUUACUGUCAUUGAUGGACUAGCUCCGGAUACUGAGUAUAAAGUUACGAUUAUACCAGUCAAAGGAAGCGACGAAGGCACUCCUGCAGUCGUUGUUCAAAGAACAGCAUUGCCUGCACCAACGAGCUUGUUCGUCGUAUCAGACUCCGUCACAGCCAGUGAGAUGGUUGUUGGGUGGGCAAAAGUACCAGAUGCUCAAUCUUACACGCUUGAAGUUGCCCCAUCUACUGGGAUCAGUGGAGCAGGCCGCGGAAUAUAUAAGACAUCUGCAAAUCUUUUGGGGAUGACCCCGAAUACACAAUACACCAUAACAGUUCGUGCCAUCAACUGGGUUGGACUUGGACAAGCAGCGACAAUUCGGCAAUUGACAAAACUUCCGCCGCCAUCAAACGUUCGGGUCGUUAUGGAAACGGUCUCCCAUAAUUCAAUGAGCGUACAUUGGGAUCCCGUGGUUGGCGCAAACACUUAUGAAGUUUCUGUAUCACCGCCAGAUGGCGUACUUGGAGCUGGCCAAGGAAUUACAGAUACUUAUGUUAUUCUGAGAAACUUGAGAGCCGAUACCCAAUACCGUGUGCAAGUUGGAGCCAGUAAUGAGGCCGGUUUGAGUGAAUAUAGGCAAGCAAUUGCAAAAACAUUGUCGGUCUGCUAUGCGAAAGCGAUGGAUUUCCCGAAAGACUCUUUCAAGAUCACCUGCCCAGCGAGAUGUGCGCGAAAUCAAGAACACGUUUAUGGAACAAGAGAAUAUACAGAUGAUUCUUAUAUUUGCGCUGCUGCCGUUCACGAUGGUAGAAUAGACGACAACGUCGGAGGUGAGGUUGUUGUUAAGAAACGACCAGGGUUGCCACAUUACGUUGGUACAGGAAGACAUGGAGUUUUGUCCCAAGAUUACGGCGGCUGGCACAGUUCUUUUGUGUUUGGACUUCAAAUCCCUAAAAACUUCAAAGUUCAACCAGGAUCGAUCGGUCAUAACACAUUCACAGUUGAAUGGGAUAAAGUUAGUGGAGCAGAUGCAUAUAGAAUAUCGGUUAUUCCUGAUUUUGCUGUUGUAGGAGCUCGCCCUGGAAUCGAAGAUACAAAAGCAACGUUGAGUAAUUUGAAAUCAGACACCGAAUAUAAAGUUUACUUGACUGCUACAAAUACACUAGAAACAAGCGAAGCUGCAAUACUUGAACAAUAUACCGCACUAUCUGGACCGAAAAAUCUUCAAGUCGUGACAAACUCAGUCGCACACGAUCGUAUGAACAUUACUUGGUAUCCAGUACCGGGUGCAUCUCAUUACGUCAUUGAUAUCAAGGCGGGAGCUACGUCAUUCAGUGACGAGACGAAGCUAUUAUCGUCGAUGAUCGAUGGAUUACAAAGUGGAAUUCGAUAUACUAUCAGUGUGCGACCCGUAAACAGUGUUGGACCUGGAGAGACAACAAGCAUCACUCAAUAUACAAAACUUGCGACUCCAGAAAACGUCGAAGCUGAAUCAGUAAACUGGCAUCGUAUGCAUGUACAAUGGGAUGCAGUAUCAGGAGCUUCUCAUUAUUUGGUUUCAACAGUGCCAGCUGGUCUGAGAAAUGCUUCGGAAUCGACUGAAAAUCCAUGGAUUUGGCUUGAAGACUUAUCUCCUGAUACGAUGUACGAUAUAAGAAUUCAGGCAGUAAAUCCACAUGAGAGAAGCAGGUCUACGACGAUAAGGCAAAUGACUGCUCUCGGUCAACCAAGAAAUGUAAUCGUCAGCGAUAAGACUCACAACACCCUUUCCUUGGUUUGGGAUAAAGUAAAAAAUGCUGAUUCAUAUCACGUCACAAUUGUAUCAAUCGACGGAAAACACGGAACAGAGGAUGAAAGGAAAUCGAAUAAAUUUAUCUUGACAGGACUUGAAGGAAGAACAGAAUAUAAAAUCAAGGUCGUCGCAAGAAACAAAAUUGGUGAUGGAAAACCGGCGUCGAUCGGUGUUACAACAUUGAUUCCUCCUCCAUCCAAUUUGGUUAUCAGAGGAAGCAACGUAAAUCCUUCACAGAUUGAAGUAACUUGGUCACAGAUGCACGAUGCGACAGGAUAUUAUAUAUCUGUGAGUCCAGGUGGUGAAAUCCGCGGUACUGGAUUAGUUAGAGAUAACAAAGGAGUGGUUAGUGGUUUGAAGUCUGGCGUUUUAUAUAAGCUCGAUGUAAUGGCUGUGAUUGGUGCUGAACGAGGAAUGAACGCGUCAUCGAAUUUUGCUACUGGCCUUCCUUCACCAACAAACGUUCGCCUCGAAGAAGAUUAUAUUCUUCCAAAUAGUUUGUUUGUUGUUUGGGAUGUCGUCAGUAUUGCAGAGUAUUACAAUUUAACAUACCAGAAUUUAAGAACAUCCAUGACAAAAACGAUUUAUGACAUCCAAAAUACUUCAAUGCUUUUGCCUGAUCUCGAUCCGGGAACGAGGUACUUGAUAACAGUUUUUGCCGUUGGAAGUUCAAAUCAAGAUGGCGGAGUGAAACAAUUAGGAUCAUUGGGUGCAUCGACCGUAGGAGUGACAAGACUUGGUAUACCUAUGGACAUCACAUCACAGAAUAUUACCGACACUUCAGUUACUGUAAUUUGGAACUCAGUUCGUUUUGCGACCCAUUAUAACGUUUUCAUCGAUCCGGCAGUGGGUGUAAACGGAACUGGAAAAACAGAAACCAAUAUAGCCCAGAUUACUGGUCUAGUAAAAGGAGAACAAUAUGUUAUUUGGGUAUAUGCAAUGAAUGAGGACAACAACGCCACAAGUGAACGUAUAGAACUUGCCAUUGUUGCUGGUAGUCAAACGCCAGUAGAUACCGAAUAUGGCGGUGGUUCGUGGCCAAUUUUUACCGAAGCCGAAGAACAACCAACGCCUGAUGAACCAAAUCUGAAGCACCCAGGAAAUGAAAAGAAUAAAGGUGAUGAACCAAAGAAGGAGAAAGACGGAUCGGGAAAUACUUGGAUUAUAAUCGUAGUCAUUGUCAUUUGCCUUGCAUUAUUGGUUUUAUUUGCUGUUGUUCCAUGUUGUUGUGACUGCAUGAAAAACAAGCCAUUGUUAAAGUAUCAUGGAUGGUGCGGAUGUUGCUCUCCAUGUAGUGAUGUUGGUUGUUGCGGAUGCAGAGGAUGUUGCAAUGCCACUGCAAAAAAUAUCGACGAUGAGGAUGAUGAUAUAGAAAUUGCCGGAGGAAGGGCUUACACUCCAAGCAUGUCACGAAGGACUCAUUCUAGAAAUUCAUACACAGUUUAUCAUUGAUUGGAUUAAAAAAAAUUUUCGUCAAAUCGUGGUCGUUAGAAUGAUGUCAAAAUAAGAAAAAUGUGGCAACAUUCGACUUCACAAAAUAUUUAAAAACUGAAUCCAUUAUCGUUAGUCUUAAGUUUUUGUUAAAGUGUGCCUAAAUUAAUUAAUGGUGGUCAGUGAAAUAUUUUACGGUAAAAACGUGCCCCACAAUCUGUGAUAUCUUUUAGUGAAUGUGUUUUUCUUAUUUGUCGUUGACUAUUAUUGAAUUGCUUUAUCGUUUAUUGUUUGUGAAAAUAUAUUUAUAUUGAACCUAA